AUGAUUAAUCCUAAUGAUCAAAGACUUAAGAAGAAUGAUAAUUCAAAGUAAAUCAAGAAAGAUAAGAAAGGAGGAGAUGGCAAUAAAGAUCAAUAGAAAAACAAAGUUACAAAACUGAAUGAGAUCGAAAUAAAAAAGAUGGAAAAGGAGAGAGUUAGUUUGUUCUUUGAACAUAAUAUGCAACUAGGUCCUCCAUAUCACAUCUUAAUAGAUACGAACUUCAUCAACUUCUCAAUUCAAUACAAAUUGGAUAUUUUCUAAUCUAUGAUGGAUUGCUUAUUGGCUAAAUGUAUUCCGUGUGUCACUGAUUGUGUUGUAGCUGAGCUUGAAAAAAUGGGAGUUAAAUAUAGAUUAGCCCUAAAAUUGAUGAAAGAUCCAAGAUUCCAAAAGCUAUCAUGCUAGCAUAAAGGCACAUAUGCUGAUGAUUGCUUAGUAGAUAGAGUUAAAUAAAAUAGAUGCUAUAUAGUGGCAACAAAUGAUAAGGAUUUAAGAAGAAGAAUAAGAAAAGUUCCUGGUGUACCAAUAAUGUAUAUUGCUGGUCAUAAAUAUCAGAUUGAGAGAAUCUCAGAUGAUCUCGGAACUAUGUGA